UCGGUGCGGUCGAAGCCGGAGCGCGCGCCACGCUCUGCGGAACGUCGCGGUCGCGUUUACGAUCGCACUGUUUGGCUUCAAACGUUCGUAUCUUUUGCGAUCACUGAAUAGUGAUACUUAGCGUGAGACUGAUACGUGUGAAGGUCCAAGUCUCUUUUGGAGGAAACGCUAACAGAAAGGGGAAGUUUUCUGGGAUGUGCUGCAGUAGAUAGAGCACGUAAACAUUGAUUGUUUGAUAGCUGAGGGGCUCUUCAGAUGCUCUGCUGUAUCACUACCAGAUUCGAUUCUCUUGCUCAGUACCUGCACGCCCAGCUAUGUUUCGAUGGCGUACACCGAUAAUAAAAUCGCAGGACGGAUAUGCAUUGUAGCAGCAUUGUUUGGAAAGUAAACAAUGCACGAAUGGAAGUUACUAAUCGGAAGCUAAAGUGUUUUGAUUCUUUCAGGUGUUUCUGAACAGUAAGAAAUAACAAAAAUAGCCCAUAUUUUUUUCUGAAUGUGAAGACAUCUUAGCGUAACUUAGCAUGAAAGAAACAGCAAUGUACCCUACCCACGAUCGUGAUAAGUAUGCCACAGCGUUGCUGUGAUUACAGGUUAAGCGAGCCGAAAUGAUUUCUAGGUCUUUCUGUUUCACUGAAAAGAGUUGUGGUUCUUACGUCUGUAGGAAGCCACUGUGUGGUGUGUGGCAAGGGUACGUUGCUCGGUAGUGUCCUUCUUACGUCAGUCUUGCUCCUUUCAUUGUUAGUUGUGGCACAAUAGGAACUGUCAUUUCGCUAUUGUGCAGACCCGAACGCGAUGACUUGCAAAGAGGUGUUCAGCUCAUGAAGACUGAGAACACACAGUGACCAGACAGCCAGCACGUCGUGUGUAUUUGGUUGUGGCUGACGAUAUAUAGACCAAUAGUGUCCUUUUCACCCCAAGUUUAUUCCAUUCUCUGAUACUUUCAUGAAAGGCCAAAAGUUUUGAAUUGCAAAGAGAAGUUAAGAGCGUGACAGUGGGAAAUACGGUGGUUUGACAGGCAGUGUUGUGUGCAGUGGAGGGCAGUAGUGUCACAUCACUCCAAUUUAAUUCAUCCACUGAUGCUUCCAUGUGAGUCCUAAAAGUGUUCGCGUGUUGUUUUGGAUGGUGAAAAUGUGGGACACUCAGUGAUCCGAGGAUGGCUCGUAUACUGUCAGUAGUUGAGCUGGGAGCGUGCAUCGUGCGUUCGUGACGGGAGUGAGUGAGCUGUGGGUGUGGGAGAUCAUGGAGGCGCCCUUCGAGCUGGCGGACGUGCUGGAGUACAACGGCACACUGUGGGUGAACGAGGAGGACCCGGUGCAGCUGGCCUGGGUGCAGGCGCUGCUCGGCCUGCUCUACGGCGCCAUCUUCGUCGUGGGGGUGACGGGCAACCUGCUGGUGCUGGUGGUGGUGGCGCGCGCGCGGCCCGCCCACACCCUCACCAACCUGUUCAUCGGCAACCUCGCGCUCAGCGACCUCAUGCUGUGCCUGCUGUGCGUGCCCUUCACGCCGCUCUACACCUUCAUGGGCCGCUGGGUCUUUGGCGCCUUCCUCUGCCGCGUAGUCGUGCUGGCACAGGGCACCAGCGUGUACGUGUCGUCGCUGUCGCUGGCGGUGGUGGCUGCGGACCGGUACGUGGCGGUGACGCAGCCGCUGCGCGCGCGGCCGCGCGGCGCCUGCUGCCUCCUCGCCGUGGCGGCCGUGUGGCUGUGCGCGUGCGCGGGCGCGCUGCCGUACGCACUGCACGUGCAGCACCGGCCGGCCGACGGCGCCUGCGAGGAACACUGGCCGUCGGCGCGCGCGCGCGCCACCUUCGGCGCAGCCACUUUCUGCGCGCAGCUGGCCGUGCCGCUCGCCGUCGCCGCCUUCUGCUACGGCCGCGUCUGGCUGCGGUUGCGCGCGCGGGAGCGCGACCGGCGCGCAGCCAGCGCCGCUAGCCCGCCCGUCGCGGUGCGCGAGGCUGCGCGAGCGCGCGCGCGGCGCACUCUGCGCCUGCUGGUGGCCGUCGUGGCGGUGUUCGCCGCCUGCUGGCUGCCGCUGGCGCUGCUCAACCUGGCCGCCGACCUGAGCGCGCGCGCCACACGCUGGCGCUUCUUCCACCUCGGCUUCUUCGUGGCGCACGUUCUCGCCACCAGCUCGGCCUGCUACAACCCAUUCCUGUACGCCUGGCUCAACGACAACUUCCGGCGCGAGUUCCGCCGCCUGCUGCCCUGCUGCUGCGGGGGCGUGGGCGCGGGCGGUGCCCACGCCGAUGACGUCGUCGCCGGCGCCUGCGACCCCGGCCAGUCGGCGCAGACGCUGCUGCCAGAGUCCGACGUCGGCGUCGUCGCGGUCCCCGUCGUUUCCUACUGCGCUUCUGGCGAGGUCGUCCACUUCUCGACUGUCGAGAACCUGCUGGACCUCUCUCCCUCCAUCUAGGGUUGGUGUCCGGCUGGGAUCGAGACGCCUGACAGUGCCUCUACCCCGCACGACCAGGCCGCCUAUAUUCCAGCCACAUCUGUGGGAGUCCAGCCCAUCCAGAGUCUGCCACAGCCAUUCUACGCAAAGGACCUGCCUCUUACAGAUAGUAAUGACCAUGAUAUCGAGCUACUGGGCACACCAGAGAUGGGCUACGAUACAGAUCGCCUACUGGAAGACUUCCUCCUCUAGGGCAGUUGCAAAACCAAUAAGGUCAACAGUCUACGCAUAUAAGACUAGGUCUCUGAAAUACAGUUUCAUGGAACAUUGGUGUAUGAAUAAACAGUGGGAAGGCCUAUAAAAAAUCCUCAGGCGUGCACAUCUAACAAGUCUCAAUAGAUCUGUCCCACUGCUGUCACCUACUAAUACAACAGAACUAGCGAAAUGAUUUGAAGAUACUGGCUGACCAUAUACUUACAAAAUCAUUCAGCUCAGUGGGAAUAUUUCUGUGCAUCUUUAGUGUUUGUAAAACAAAGAAGGUCGAAAGUCGAAAGUCCUUAUACCUGUAUGUAGGAUGCUAGCUUUAUGUACAACUGAGGCCCUUUCACAGACAACCCGUUAAGUGCAUACGCAAUUCUAUAAUCCUCAAAAUCUAUAGGCAAUAGUAAUUUUAGGAACAUCAUGUUUAAGAAUUACUGUUACGCUUUCAUUGUCCCCUACUGCUAUGCAAAUUUAUUGUACAUUUCUGUUGUUACCUAUAUCCCCAAUUCAACCAAUGUUUGAGUGACAUCAUCGUGAGACACCUUCAGCUUCACUACUAUCCUUUUUUUUCAGAACGACUUAUUUUGGACCGCUCUCCAUUUUAAAAUUUCGCCUUGGUGCAGUAAAGAUGUGGGAACCUACAAUAGCUUGAUAACCUUGCCUAUAAAAUACAUUCUUUUAACAAUCUCAUAUAAAGGAGGGACCACAUAUUUGCACAUGUAAUACAUAUACAGAGAAAGGGGCAGCAGUCAAGAGAAAACUGAGGCAAAACGUCAACAAACAGAACAUACACCACGUAAUGCUAACGGGUCAGAAUUUCCAACGUUCAAUGUGCUUGUAUGAGUACUGAUUUUCACUCUAUGUUCACAUUUAACUGCCAUUUGGAGAGACACUGUUUCUCUCGAUGUAUGUUCACCAAGCUAAUGGUACUUCCAGCUCAGAAAACGUUUUUGCGUUGCUGGAACUCGCCAUUUUGCCAUCGGUUCCUUGUGUACACUAUUCUGGUUUUUUCCCCAGUAAUGGUCUUUUGUCUGCCCACUUUUAUCAUAGUCAUUUCAUAGCACCACUUAGUAUGGGGCGUCGCAUUUGUUGGCUUCCUUAACUGCGUUUGAAUCUCUUUUAGAGGAUUAUGAACUGUGAAUAUAUAAGAAGAAAAAAUCGCUAUUUGCAACAGUCACAGCACGGAAGAAAUGGUUUGUAAAAUUAUCAUAUGAUGGUGAAGCAGCCACGUCAGUACUGAAUUUUCUACACGUGCACCCCGUUAUCGCAUUCACCCUUUUCUGCCAUUCACCUCUGAAGCCCAGUAGGUGUAACAACUUGACAAAGAGCUUCUGGUCACCUUCAGAAUCUUCUCCACAAUCCGAAACGAAAACAAGUUAAGGAUCACUACGAACAUGACACCACAGAAAGUGAUUACAUUGCUGACGAAACCAGACUGACAUUUCACUGUUCACAGAAAUUGCCAGUUUUAGUUUACUUUGGCCAUCUGUAGGUUAAUAAGAGAAGCAAACAAAUAAAAUCCAUUUCAUUUGUUUGUUUUUAUUUGUUUGUUUAUAUUUUGUCUGUAAGAUUCUUGUGUGGGUUUUGCCUCCUGACGGAAGCAUGUUCACUCAAAUUGGGUUGUGUGUAUAAUAUAUUGUAAUUAUCAUUAUUAAACAUUGUGGAUAAAUCUCAUAAAUAAUUAUCGCAAACAACUGAGUCCUUUUAUUCAGUGAAAUUGGAGGCAAUUAAAGUAAUGAUAUACUGAUACACUACAAGUAGUUGAUAAUGUAGCUUUGAAGUGUACCGCUCCUUCUCAUCACAAAUUAAAGAAAGUGGAUGUUGUCUCAAACUGAAUAUUUUUCUGUGAAAUACUUUAUGACUGUGGUGCCAAAAAAAAACUUUAGAAAAUAAAAAUUUCAUGCAUUAAUCAACAUGUACCCCAAAUAUGUCAAGUGUUGAAUGGCAUGCUAAGCUUCAUUGACUUAACAGCUAACUCUCAGCAAGAGACUUGUGAAGACUUCAGAUUCGUCUACAAUGUGUGGUUUUUUCACAGCUGUUAAGGUUAUAUGUAAUCCAUAAAAAUAUUGCUGGUGUUUUCAUUGGUUUGCAUGCAAUACAUUUCAGAGAUGCAGUGCAUUUUUGCUUUUGUAUUUCUGUAUCAAUAAUCCCUUUACCACACAGAGGGAUGUAACAGUAUUGACACCAUUGCUAGUCAGAAGUGUACCACUAAGUCUGUGUGAAAAGCAUCUGUUCUGCGCAUUUUUGAAUAGAGUGAACUGAGUAGUACUUGCUGUGAUGAUAAGUGGCCAGAUCUCACACAAAAGCAAGUAAAAACUUCAGCUAAUGUAGAUUAUGUGUAAUGAAUGUAGAAAGCUUGUUUCAUAACUACAUUAUCAUGUAUGGAAUAAUGUAAUCGAAGUUUACUUCCAGGCAUAGCGGUUACUAUGUGAUGCUUCUGCAAAUCUCUAGUGUUUAUGGAUAUUAUUAUUUGGUUCAAGUGAUUAUUUAGAAUAACAGUGAGAAAUACCAUCUUCCUAAAGGCUCUCUUUCAGGCAUUCUUUUGGUCUUCAUUCCACUCAGUUAUCAUUUCUGUAGAAAGUAAUGUUGACAAGGCAAUUGUGCAUCCUAACUGCAUGCCAACUAGCAACACCGCAUCCUUCUGCCCCAGCUGUCAAUCACAAAGUUUCCUUACCAACUGUGUGCACAUUUGUUUCACUUUGCCUUUCCUCUUCAUUGUUUUAGUUGAUUUUCUCCUUGCUCUAUUAAACUACUAUAACCUCUUUAUUUUAGUGUGCACACAUACUGUAUGCAGCAAAAAGAUGCAAUGCAGCCUUGAUUUAAUUUCUUUUUAUUCUUGAGUUUCGCAAACUUUCGUAUUGUCUACUCCAAGUAACCUGAUAAUUGUAACAGUUGUAUAAGUGUAGUGUCUGACAGUUUGAUGUCUGAUUAUACGAUAAUUUUGUCACAUACGUUCACCAUUCAAACUGUGAAACACAACGAGCGAUUCUGUUAAGAAGACAGUAAUUUUGGGAAAUGAUGUAGAAUUUAUUUGCUUUUUCUAUUGCAUCUAGCAUUCGUACCUUGAACGAAACAACAGUGACAUGAACACAACUAAAUGUAUGCUCGUUCUACUCUGGAUUCAAUAAUACACAAGUGAAAUACAUCUAUGACUAGUCUAUAUGUUUGGUACUUAUCCAAAAUGUCUGUCGCACAAAUGAAUGUACGUAACAUAUU